AUGCGCGGUGAGUUUGGCCUUUCGCUUCGUCUCGUCUCCUCUCGUCCAAAGAAGCCAUGGAAGGCACCAGAAGCCAUCACACGGCCGCGCUUGACUGACGAGGACGAGGACGAUGAUGAUGAUGAUGAUGAUGACGACUGCACUCGGUGCACUGGCAAGAUUGUAUCGCCUAUUGCAUCCAGUACACAGUUUUCGAGUUUUUGGUUGAGAUGGGCCUCUUUCUCCGAGGUCCAUGUGUAUUCGUCAUGUUCGCUCCUCUUUUGGCCUUGGCAACACUUCUUUGCACGCCGUCAGGAGACAAUCCAGAUAUGUGUUGUGAGCUCUGGUGAUCUCUGGUGGCCUUCUGCAGCGAAUGGUCACACAUACAAGUACGGUAGGGUCGUGCCAUACCCGCAUCAUCCGCUCAUGACGGGUCCGUACCUUUCCAACGUAGCCUCCAACCAACCCCGCACCACAGUCCCACAGCAAAUCUCGGCCUGCUCCUGCGUGCGUGUGCAAGCAUUCCAGGCUUGCAUGCAACUCUCAACAGUCGGCUCGCCUAUUGUGAUACCUUCCGGUACCGUGAUUAGCACCCAGAUCCGAGUCCUAGCGUCUUCCAGUUUGGUUGACAGCGGUCCGCAAGCACCUGCGCCAGUGAUGCAAAAUAGGUGCUCUACCCCUCCCUCCCUCCCUGCACGCCUCUGCUGUGCUCCGAGAGUCUGCUCAAAGCGAGCAUCAAGUCCACAAUUCGCUACCACUCCGGUCGAAUCGCCGCUUGCCGCGUACUCAUGCAGCAUAAUGAACCCCCGUGCCCGUCGCCUGUCAGAGGUUGUACCUUUGGCCGGCCUGAGAAGCGCUGCAAGCUAA